AUGGUGGUCAAACGUUUGAAUCGAGGAGACUUGAAUGAUCCAGUCAUUAACGAUAGAUUAACUAUAUCAAUAAAACCAACUACACAGUAUAUUCGAUAUGCAAGUCAGCUCACAGAGUAUAACCAGGAAAGCAUAAUUAUCAAACCAACCAUAAGAAAUUUUAGUGCGGUAGAUUUAAUUCUUACUCCGAACUGUAUCUUUCAAAUUACUGUGUCUCCAAAACACCCGGUGAAGCAAGGUGAACUGAUCAACAUAUCCCAAAGUUAUGUAACGCCCAAGAAAAAAAUUGGAAACGAUCUUGAGGCCUUUCAGGCAGUUAAACGUAAGUCUGCUAUCCUCAAUAAUGUGGAACAAUGGGUCGUUAAAAUUAAAAUGACACCCGAAAUGACUAACGUCUGUGCUGAAUAA